AGCAAGCGCGUGCACAUCGUUCAACCGUAGUCAACGUUUCCUGAGGGGAAAGAAGACCCUGCCCCACACACACUCUUAAACAGGGGGCGGCCCCCUCAGAGAGUCCUGCCAGAGACACUCAUAAAGAGGGACCGGGACACCUCAUAACUGGACCUACCUCCCCAUACUCCAUAGACGGGGUCAGGACCACCACCACCACCACCACCACCUCUCGGCUCCAGGCAGCGACCCUCGGUUUCUCAACCUUUGCGAUACCAGGGAUUGGCUUGCAGCCUUCCUAAACUUUUAACAGGGAAAUCUCAGGGACUGGAGCAGGUUCACAGACCAGUCUUUGAGAAACACUGCCCUAGAGCAUCCCAUAAACAGCGGCUGGGUUCCUCUUCUUGCACACCUUGUAAACAUUGGCUGGGACCCCCGAACAGCCUGUAAACGGGACCUGAAUGCUCCCUGAAAUAUCCCACAAAAAGGAGCCAGGCACACAACGCCCUGUAAAUAUGGUUGAGUCCCUCCAUAACACAACAUAAAUAGGGGCUGAGAAGGGAUUGAACCUUCCUCUCAAAACAGACUCAUCAUCUCAUAAAUAAGGAUUGAUGAAUUCCCCCAGCCUCCAAUAGAUACAAAAUACCCCCCAUGUACAGGGACUGGAAAAACCUAUCCCAAGUAGCAACACUGGUUUUGGAAACAGGAUAGAGUUUCCAAGGAGAAAGAAAUUGUGAGCAGGGAUUCCUGUUGAACCAAAAUGCAAAAAAUUGCAGAGGAAGUUGCAGAAAUCAAAGCUGUCCAAGAGACAAUAUUAGCCGUCCAGAAGGAAUAAUCAGAGAAGAGGAAGACGAUAAAAUAGGAUCUGGAGGUUUUUUAGAAGGAAGUGAAGGCAGAGAUGAGACAAUUCAGUUUAAAAUAAAUAUUCUGCUGGAUCAAAAAUUACAAAGGGUCUGGACAGAUUCUGAAACCCAUCUACAGCAUGCCCAGGCAAGACUGGGAAACAGGAUAAAAUAAGUGAUGGGCAACUUGUUAGUCUCUAAGAUGCCACAAGUACUCCUGUUCUUUUUGCGGAUACAGACUAACACGGCUGCUACUCUGAAACUUGAUUAUUGUGGCCCAAAUACAUUUCCAGGAUAUGGGAAGUACCCUGAAAGCUCUGGCCAACUUGGAACUUGUUAGAGUAAGAGAUGAGCUGCAGCAAGGAAUUAAGGAGCUGGAAAAUUAGCUAGAGAAGAAACUCCAAGGGUUGCAGACCAUUGUGGAAACCAGCUGCUGGGAUGAGGAAUCACGCGACCUACAGCACAUGUCGAAGAUAGGACAUUUACAAACUUUUCAACCCCAUUUGUACACCAAGGUAGCCCAGCUAGGAGGGAUCAGACAGUCCCAGUUCAAGUAAUACAAAAGUCAACACAAAAAAUACAAUAGUGACCACUGAAGGGAAAACUUCGUGGGAGGCUUCAUGGUCUAACUUUAACAUCAUAUCUCAAAUAAAUGAAGGGGGAGAUGAAGAGAGGGGUGUUUUUAAUAGCUAACUUGAGUGCACCAGAUCUGAUGAUGCUCCAGAAAAGGACUGAGUUAUCAAGAGAUGUCAGAAGCAAUUUGGAGCUAGCCAUCAAACUAAUCUGGCCAGGACUAGGAGGAGAAGGGAACAAGAGAUCCCACCUUAACUGGCAGAGGGCCAUAUGAGAUUGUUGUCUGGCAAAGCCAAAUACCACUGGGGGACAAACUGGAAAUGGCGCAUUUUAUUGAUGCUUAACUUGACAUGCUCUUGCUAAUUAAGAUCACCAAAAGGAAACCAAGGACACUGUUUAGUGGUGAUAUUUGCUGCAGCACUGAAGUCCUUCCAAGCAACAGCCAAGCAGAAAAGAAAGUAGUUGCUAGUGAGAAUGACAGAACCUCUCUGACAUGAGCCCUUACAGAUGAUCCAUUUAACAGCAAACGAAAGGGCAGCAGAAGGGGACCUUUAAGGAGAAAAAAAUAAUCCAGGAAUUAAAGGAUGGGUGAGAGCCCCAGGAUACUACCCAGACUAUCUGAAAAGGCUCAGUUCACUGCCUCGAGAGCAGACCAUGCCUUCCAUCAGCAGUGACCGGGCUGCCCUGUGCGCCGGCUGCGGGGGAAAGAUCUCCGACCGUUAUUACCUCCUGGCAGUGGAUAAACAGUGGCACAUGCGCUGCCUGAAGUGCUGUGAAUGUAAACUCAACCUGGAGUCCGAGCUCACCUGCUUCAGCAAGGACGGGAGCAUCUACUGCAAAGAGGAUUAUUACAGGAGGUUUUCGGUGCAGAGAUGUGCGAGGUGUCACUUGGGGAUCUCCGCUUCCGAAAUGGUCAUGAGGGCCAGGGAUUUGGUAUAUCACUUAAACUGCUUUACUUGCACCACUUGCAACAAGAUGCUGACCACCGGCGACCACUUUGGCAUGAAGGACAAUCUGGUGUACUGCCGCCUCCACUUCGAGACUCUCAUCCAGGGGGAGUACCAGGUGCAUUUCAAUCACUCGGAUGUAGCCGCUGGGAAGGGCCCAGCUCUAGGAGCCGGCUCUGCCAAUACUCUGGGACUGCCUUAUUACAACGGCGUGGGGACUGUCCAGAAGGGGAGACCCAGGAAAAGGAAGAGCCCAGGGCCUGGGGCAGAUUUGGCAGCUUACAAUGCAGCUUUAAGUUGCAAUGAAAACGAUGGUGACCACCUGGAUAGAGACCAGCAAUACCCCAGUAAUCAAAAAACAAAGCGCAUGAGGACAUCAUUCAAACACCACCAGUUGCGGACAAUGAAGUCUUACUUUGCUAUUAAUCAUAAUCCUGAUGCUAAGGACUUGAAACAGCUAGCUCAGAAAACUGGCCUAACCAAAAGAGUUCUUCAGGUUUGGUUUCAAAACGCCCGAGCCAAAUUCAGACGGAACCUCUUACGUCAAGAAAACACAGGGGUGGAUAAGACUUCAGAUUCCACACUCCAAGCAGGAACCCCGUCAGGACCCGCCUCAGAAAUAUCCAAUGCCUCCAUGAGUCCAUCCAGCACUCCCACUACCUUAACAGACUUGACUAAUCCUACCAUGCCUACUGUGACAUCUGUCUUGACGUCAGUACCUGGAAGUCUUGAGGUUCAUGAAUCUCGAAGUCCUUCACAGACAACUCUCACAAAUCUUUUCUGAUGACUCUUUCUCAAUAAUUUCUUUAAAAAAGAAAUUAUUCUUAGUUGAAUUCCAAGAGUAUUUUAAUAGAGGCUUUGAGCAACUGACUAACCACACUUAGGAUCUCUCCUGAAAACAGAAGGAAAUGUAUUGUUCUGAUAUUACAGAUUAUGGACUGAGGAAUAACUUGGAAGAUCUAUCUGCAACACAACAUUUGUGUAACUGUACAGUUUUGUGGACUGAGUAAGGGAAACAGCAAUUAAUUUAAAUUGGCUAAAGCUUCUGUAAUUUUCAAAGACUGCCAUGUGCCUUAUAUACUGUUUUAUCUACGUACUUUGGAUUACAUGUCCAUUUUUCUCUUUUUCUCUCUGUAUAUUUAUAACAAGGGCAAAAAUGUUACAAGAGUUUGUUACUUUGAAUAGUCCUAUGCCCUUAUUGGUUGCUUUGUUGUUUUAGAAUUUUAAGGUGAAAGUCUGUUUGAAUAUCAGAAUUUGUAAAAUCUAACCAGUAAUAAAACCACUUGUGGAAACUACUUGGUAACAGCUGCAGUUACAUUUAGCAUUAAUUUCACAGUGCAGGUAGGCUGACUGUAUUGAUUAGAAAAUUGCACAUCAAAUACAGUAUCUGCUUAGAGUAAACUCUAAAUACGAUACACAUCUGCCUCCUGAUUCCUAAAUAUAUGGGUGAAAAAUCCAAUUUGUAUAACAGGGUCUAGAUAAUUUCAUUAUAGAGAAAUAAAUAAUUGUUAGUUGAAACUAAAAAUUGUUAUUGAACGUUAAAAUUUACACAAAGAUACUGCUCAAUUUUGUUGCUGAAACUCAAUUUAAUUUCAGUUAACACUGAAAAGGAAACAAAUAUUGCUUUUAUGCAACCAAAGGUGUCUGUCCUAUUCUGUGGAGAGGGCAAGCCAGGCAUUUGAAAGCAGUGUGGCCAUGAUCAACCUAUUUCUGAGAUAGACACUGGGUAAUGUUGUCCCCUAGAAACAAAGAAAAAGUAUUUGUUAGAUUAAUUUAAAACAUUAGCAGAUAACAUUGAGACAAAACUAUGUUUCACAAACAUAUAUGGCCUUUUUUAAUGGUUUGAAGGUAUAAAAAAGCAGGUAAGAAUAUAUUGUUAUGGAUACUAAUAAAAAUGACUAUUCCUUAAACCAUAAUGGACCUGUUCAAUUUAAUUUAAUUCCUUCUCAGUUGUGAGAUCUGAAUAUCAUUUGUGCUGUGAGCUCUUUCUCCCUUUCAUUCUUUAAGGAAAAAAUAAGUAUACCUCAGCAAGGUUUACAUUUGAGUUAGAAUGCUGUAUGCUAUUUUCCCAAUGGUUUAUUUAAUGCAGACUUUGAGUUGUUUCUUUUCAAUCUUGUUGCAAGGUUUUUCAGUCAGAUGUGUUAGAUUGUAUGUGGCUGACUUAGUAAAAACUGUUCUGUUGCUCCCAUAGGAUUGAAAUCAGCAAAAGAUUAUUCUGAACUAGCAGCAAGAUAGGUGCUAAAAUUCGUGUUCUUUGCUCCUCAAAGUGUACUGAAUAUGAUUCAUUAGGCCAGGCUCCGUGCAAACAGUGUUUUAGUUUUUAAAAUGCUAUAUUUAUAAAGCUUUCUCGGCUGAAAGCUUGCAGACCUUGUGCAUGCCAAAUUCCCAUUGAGGUCAGUGAAAGAUCUGGGUGCACAAGGACUGUGAGACUGGGACCCUGACAUAUUUACAAUAUUUAUUAACCUUUCUUGCUCUUCAGUUCUGGUAAAUAAAGAUGAAUAAUCUAAGAAACAAGACAGUCCCCAUAGGAAAUCAUGAAUGGAUAAGAUUUGUGAAGGGGGUUGUAUUCCCAUCCCUAAAAAACAAACAGUUUAACAUAGUUCAUUAAAUUUGUACACAGUUACAAAUACAUGUUUUUUUUAAAAACCUGCAGGUUGAGUUAGCAAACUUUACUAGAUACCCCAUAGCAAAGAUGUCUAAAAAAGGAAAUAAUAUUGGUUAGUGGAUUGUUAAAGAGUAUGCUUCUACCUUUUGAAAAGGGUGUUCACACACAGAUAUUCUGCUGUAUGUGGUGUUUUGUUUAUUGUCAAUUACCUUCGGAAUUUUAUUUUUGUUAAAUGGUUUAGUUGGAUCUUUUCUUGAUUUAAAAGGCAAUGUUGGUCCAAUAUGAAAUGGAUACAGGCCAUAAAUAAAAACCUGUGUAUUCCUAUGUAAACAAAAUGGUUUUCAAAAACUUACUAUUAAAUUCAAUAGUAAUGUAGCAAAACGUAGCUGUUGACAAUUUGAAGAGAGGUGCUGGUUGUUGUUGGUAUUUUAUUGUUUUGAUCUUUUGUUUUAACUACCUGAAUCCACAUCUUUGAAAUCAGUUCUCAAUAUUGCCUUUUCAAUAACUGAGAUUUAUGGAGGGGAAUAAUCUCAUGUUUCUAUUAUCUAAAACCUAAAACAGGCAAUUAAAUCAAUUGUCUGGUUUAAUCAAAUCAGGGAUUUUGCAUAUAAGUAAGAUACAAUAUUCUAUAUAGGGCCUUUAUGUAGGGACAUUCGGAUUCACUCACUGUCUCCAAUGACCUAUGUUGUCCCCAUGAUUGUUUCAAUCCUGUGGUAUUGUUCAGUUGUUUAGAGCUUGUUGGUUUUGAAUGCUGUACAUUUUUUUACUACUGCAAUCCUAAUGUUUCUUCACGUACUUGUACAGUUCCACAUUUGAUGUACUAGUCUGAAAUUCUGUUAAAAACAUGAACAAAAAUGGAAAUGAUAUUUCUUUGGAAGUGUAUUUUUACUGUAUAUCUAAUCUGAACUAGUUGAACAUACUUCUUUACAUCUUGCAUGAUAGGUGUGUAGUUCAUUUUUUAAAUAUGAGACUUGAG